CUCUGUGAAGAGCAGGUUGUGCUCACAGAGGAACCUUGGCGUAUGGCGUUGCGCUCUGAUCUGUCAUCAUACUGUGAGAAAGUAAUACACCUCAUAUCCAGAUUGUCUCGUUCUUGGAUUCAGUGACACUUUUAACAAGAUGAUGCGAUGUUUACAAGCGUUGCUGCUCAUGUCCGCUGUCUCUACGGGGUCGGCGGGGGUUUUCACCGAUGACCAGGCCAGUAAGGUGGAAAUGUUUGUGGAGGAGGUCAUGCGGUGUAGACAGAUCCCCGGGCUGACCCUGGCUGUUGUGAAGGGGGAUGAGACGUGGACACGGGGGUUCGGACAGGCGGACAUUGAACAGGGAGUGAACGUCACCAAGGACACUUUGUUUGGAAUUGGAUCAGUGACGAAGGCUUUCACUAGUACCCUCCUGGCCAUGAUGAUUGAUGAAAGUAAUGGAAGUUUGACAUGGACGUCAAAGGUGAAGGACGUGUUAGGGCCAGACUUUGCAUUUGUGGACGAGGAAAGAACAAGGGAGACUACUCUGAGGGAUCUUUUGUCCCACCGAACAGGACUGCAGCCUGCAGUCUUACCCAGUUUUGCUGGCUUCGAUCCCAACUUCACGAGAACUGAAUUUGCCAACCGUUUCCGCUUUCUUCCGGAAGUUCAACCUUCCGUGAUGUCUUUGAAUACAACAACUGGGCGUACGCUCUGCUCGGCCGUAUUGUGGAAGUGUUGUCAGGAGAAUCCUACGAAGCAACGCUGGAGAAACGGAUCUUCAAACCACUGCAUUCACCCAGAAGAGUCCGCGGGUGCUAUUGCGACUUCAGCAGAGGAUAUGGCUAAAUGGAUGCACUUCCUGCUGAGGCAAGGGGUGACGGAGGACAACGUCACAUUGGUUAAUUCUAAAAUACUUGCGGAGGUCUUCAAUCCUCACGAGAGUUUUACUGGCGGUCAACCUUUGUCAAAGCCGAAGUAUCCCGUGAUGGACAUGGAGUAUGCUUAUGGUUAUGCAUGGUUCAUAUCGACGUAUAAGGGAUAUAAAAAGUUCAUGCAUGGUGGAAACUUUCACUCAUACAUAGCCUCACUUGAACUUUACCCCGACGUGCACUUCGGAAUCUUUGUAAGUGCAAAUGGACCAGGAACAAAGGAUGAGGAAAUUGGAGAAAAACUUAUCUCAUUCUAUGUUUCUGAUAUUUUGAUUGGUGACCAACCCUGGCUAAAUUCAUCCACGGCUUGCACAUUCCCUUUGCCAUGGGACAAGUGGACACCAAGCGGCCAAAAUAAUUCCGACGUCACGAACUCCGAUGUGAAGUUCCCUGAUUGCUAUGUUGGGAAAUACGGGCAGCGUCUGUUUGGUGACCUUGAAGUUAAGAGGGGACCAGGGUCGUCAUUGGAGCUGUUCUACAACAGGUUACGGGGCUCUCUGAACACCACAACUGAUAAUAGUACUUUCAAAUUUGAUGCAUGGGACCCGUUUAGAUUGUUUUCUCGGCCCGGUAAUGCCACGGUUCUUGUUAAAGUAUACUUUCAUGGGUUAAACGAAGGAAGGUAUUCGAAACUGGAUCUCAUUGAUCCUCACAAUCUGACAUUUACGAGAGGCCUGGAUGUUUACGAUAAAAAAGUUUAGAAACAAAUGGGUUGAACGUCUUUUAAAGGCACUCACAGGACGUGGCUUUUUCUAGAGUCUAGAGGUGGAGAACGUGCAAUAAUAACCUUUUACCCUUGAACAUCAUGACAACAAAAUAUUUCGUUUAAAUAUGGGUAACUCUCUUUCCAUUGUAUCACCCACUGUAUUCUUAUCUGAUGAUACUACAAAGAUAUGCUUCACGUGUACUUUAUGUAAUGUAAACAGUGUGAUGUAAUGCAUUUUGUUUGUUUAUAAAUAUUGUCACAUUU